UUCCGAGGGGGCCUUGAAGGCAGCACGCGGCCACGGUGCGGCGACCACAUCAGCCGGCAGCUCCAUGGAGGAGCGCUGCUCAGCUUCUCCUGUGGUUUUUUAGUUUGUGGUCAUGGCCAAACAGUACGACGUGUUGUUCAGGCUGCUCAUGCUCGGGGACUCGGGGGUCGGGAAGACGUGUAUGCUGCGCCGGUUCACGGAGAGUGAAUUUGAUCCCUCACAUAUCUCCACCAUCGGCGUUGACUUUAAAAUGAAAACGCUUGAAAUAGAUGGAAUCAAGGUGCGAGUGCAGAUAUGGGACACGGCAGGUCAGGAACGAUAUCAGACCAUUACCAAACAGUACUACAGGAGGGCACAGGGCAUCAUCUUUGUGUACGACAUCACAUGCAAGUCGUCCUUUCUGCACCUGGCCAAGUGGGCGAGUGAUGUCGACGAAUGUGCCCCAGACGUGGUGCAGAGGAUACUGGUAGGGAACAAGUGUGACGAGGAGCUCACGAGGCAGGUGACAACGGACCAAGGAAGCAAGCUAGCAGAGACCUAUGGGAUGGACUUCUUUGAGACCAGUGCCUCCAUCAACAUUAACAUCAGCGAGUCCUUCACUCGGCUGGCAGAACUGGUGCUGCAGGCUCACAAGAGAGACGUGGACGUCUUGUUGGGAUCCCUGGAUGAUUACCUGGAGAAGGCCACUCUGGAAGAGGAGAAAGGCGGUCAAGAAGCCGAGGACAACGCUCAGAGGGGCUGCGCCUGUUAGAGGCCGACCGCAGUGCCUUGGCUGACACUGCAGCUAAAGACACUGAUCCACCUUCCUCAUAGAUACUGUGACCCGUUGGUCUGGAGGGUGCAGUUAGCAGCAGCAGCCAGCAGAGGGCCAGUUCUGUUGCAUGAUCACUGAACUCUGUAUCCAGUGAAGAGAAAAAAUCUACCGUGCAUGAGCGGCUCUAUCAGUGCACACGCGCUCUUCAUUUUCCUUGGUGAAAUGCACUACACGUCUCUUCAAUCAAUGUACCCUCUUUCAUCACUUUUUCUUUGUGGUUGCUUUUUAGAAUUUGAUAUGCAGGACACACGUCUACGAAUCGAUUGUUGACGUGUAGCUCCAUAUCAAUGAAACCUGUUUUUUAAGUUGCAACGAGCGCAUUUUCUACAAGUAGCCGGAGGACGGAGCUGAAUUAUUUACAUCGCGAAACUCAAACCACCCCGGGGAUGGAUUCAUUUACACAAUGGACUUAUUUCCUCAAGGGCGACGGUGUUGUGCCAUGUUCAGUGACCUUUCUGACUGCAGUACAUGUUUAUAUACCACCCUGAAUGUAUGUGUGUGGUUUGUUUCAUGAAUGUCACAGACGAGCCUGCAGUAUAUCAUGCAUUUAAGCAGUGCUACUGCUGCUUAAAGUAAUGUCUUCAGGGUCUGCCGAGGUGCCACAUAUAAUUCAUUUUAAUGUAACGUUUCAAACUCACGGAUGUCGCAGAAUAUCAAGUAAGGUGUAAGUUAAUAAACUGACAUUGACAUAUUUGAAAACAAA